GCAGGGUCCACCACCCAACUCCCUUUUCGGUCUUUCCUCUGGGGUGUCUCCAUUUCCCCAACCCUAAUCCUUUCCUCCACUUACGCCACUACCCUCAUUUCCAGGGUAAAAGCUGCAUCCAACUCAAGCUGCACUCACUGUGCAUCUUCCAACAGUGCCACGACUGCGAAGAAACUUCUCCAUCUCGAGUGUGCAUUGCUCUUGAGACUGAUCGAAUGUGAGGUUUGCCAUUGUUUCUCGAUGUGGAACUGGAAGAUCUACAUUUCGUUUCUCAUAGUUCUUCUGCCCGUUGUCUCAGCCCAAAUUGACAAUGGAAAUCCUGCAAACCAAAUUGUGAACUUGAUAAACAAGAAUAGAACAGCCACCAAGUUGCCAGAACUCUCGAACAGCGCAGGACUAGGCUGCAUGGCCUUGCAGCUGUUACUGAAAUGCACCAAAAAUUGCACCGGAAACAACACGCUCGACUGCCGCCCUCCCGAAGUCGACAUCACUGAGGUCUAUGCGCCCAACUGUGGGGUAGAGUUGCCGACCGUGGAGUCCAUCUCCGGCCACAUCUUCGGCUGCUACUGGGACCGCCAAGUAGACCCAGAGCAAGCCUUCACGGGUGUUCUAGUCCCAAACAACAGAUCACUCUCUCUUCUGCAAAGCAAAGAGCACAAUGAGAUCGGAGUUGGCUAUGUCGGAGAGGACCGCCAGGGGCCGUUCCUCUGGUGCAUCUUGUUUAGCAAUGGGAGCUACAGCUCCAGCUUUGUUCUUGAGGGUGGAAAAGGGAUUGAGCAGAGGACUGGCUGCUUCAGUGGGGCAAAUGUUACAUGCAGUGCAGGGGAGGUGCUAAUGGUGCAAUCGAACAUUCUGGUGGUGGUGGUGUUGAUAUCUUGCUUAGUUCUUCAACUGGUGGUAGUAGUUUGAUGAGUAGUGGAGGUGAUUGUAGUUUGUUUGGGAAGCUUUUCUUUUUAUGAGAACAAUCAAAUCAAAGUUGAAAUUGGUUUUGUCAGGUUGAAAAUACAUAGAGAGCAUGCUUGUUUAGUUCUUCCCUUCUGAAUUGGACUUUGAUAAAGGUUUGUCGAUAGUUUUAUCUUUAGAACUCGCAAGUUUUCUUCAGAGGACCCAUAAAAUAUAAUGAA